AUGCAACAAGGAAAACGACAAUAUAAUCUUGGUGCAUUAUAUAAUACUCAAUACAAUAUGUACCUUCAACAAAGUCAACAACAGUAUCAUCAUUCUCCUUUUUAUCAACAACCUAUUCAAUAUUCUGGUAGAGGAUAUAUUCAACAACCUCAAUUUCAACAAAGUACUUUUAACCCUUAUCUUAAUCAACACCAAGUCGCUGUUCCUAUGCAGCCAUCACAACCAAAGCAAUCAUUAAUAACAAAUUUCUUUGAUGAUGAUAAUUUUAGUGAUUUUGUUGGUCAACAAGUUACUCAACAAUCGCAACAGCCUAUCUUACAACAAAAACCAAUAAAAAAAGAUACAACAAAUGAUAUGUUUGCUAUAGUCUCAGAAAACAGACAAAAAAGAUUGUCUAGUCAAAAUAAUGUUAUUCCUUCAAGUCAAACUACAACCCUUGUAGAACCACAAAAAGAUAAAAACUCUGUGUUCGAUGAUUUUGGCUUUGAAAGUGAAGAUGAAAAUGAAAAUAAACAAUCAUCUUCAAAAAUAACUCAAAACGAUCUUGUAGAAAAACCAGCAACAAAACCAAAAAUUAAUUAUCUUGACCUUUACUUAAGUGAUGACUUCUCUCAAAACACAUCAGUUCAAGAACACCCAAAACCUAUUAACACAUCCAUUAAUCAACAACAACUUACACCAACAAAUACUAUUUCUCAGCCACCUCCUAAAACAUCUUCUACUAAUCAAAUUACAUUACAUCCAUAUCCAACAAAACCUAUUUCUCCAAACUCUUCUCAUCAAGUCACAGUUCCUCAGUUUGUUAAUACACAAACUCCUACUGACGACUUUGACUUUGAAGAAUUUGUUGAAGCAAAACCAGUUGAUGACCAAAAGACAUCCACAGAAAAGAUGAACUUCUUUAAUGAAUGGAACAAUACUUCUAGUCAAGAAGUUAAGAAAGCUGAUAACACAUCAUCUAGUAUUAAUACUAACCAACCAAAACAACCUCAAAAUACUGUUAUUAUGUUUGAUUUAAUUGGAGAAGAAAGUAACGAAGAAUCAGUUCCUGCUUCAGAAACUGAAACUACAGAAGAAAAAAAAUCAAAAACUCUUAUGUUUAGUUCUAAUGAAGAAGAACCAAAAGAAGAACCUAGUUUGGUGACUACAAAAGAAAAACUCGAACAAGACAAUGGGUUUGUUAUUGAAGAUGAAACAGAAGAAACAAGAGAAUGUAAGGACUGUGGGUUUGUGCUAAUGGAUGUUGAUGAUGUAAAAAUUCAAGAUUUGAGACCAAAAGAAAAUGAGUUUAUUAUCCACACUAAAUCUAAUGAAACCCCAAAACAGAAUGACAUAAAAAAUCAUGAUAAGGACCAAGAUCUAAUUGAAGAAAAUCAAGGAGACCUACCAACUAUAAUUCAAAAAGAAUCAGUGGAACCAUUAAAAGAAGAUUUUGUUACUGAUAGUAUUGAAAGUUUAACAGAAGCUAAGGAAAAUGAAGUAACAACAAAAGAUGAUACAGAAAUAAAAGAUGAUACAGAAAUAAAAGAUGAUACAGAAAUAAAAGAUGAUACAGAAAUAAAAGAUGAUAAAAAAAUUACUUCUCAAGAUAUAAUAAAAAAAGAUGAUCAGAAAAAACCUCCAAAAAAAGAUUAUUUGACUCUAUUUGACCUUGAAGACAUUAAGCCAUGCACUUCACAACAACUACCUUUAAACGUCCAAGAACAAAAUCCUGAGGCUGUACCAUUACAUUCUCCACAGUCCAGCGUUGAGAGUCAGCCAAAAGACGAUAUGAACCAAAAAACAUUUAUCAAAGAAGAAAAAUUAACACCACCACAAUGCCAACCAACCCCACCUCCUUCUAUUACUGAAGUAAAUUUUGACGAUUUUGGUGACUUUACAGAAUCCUCUUUACCUUCAGAAAAACCUCUUGAACAACCUGUCAACCAACCAAAAGACGUACAAAAAGAAACAACUGAUGUCUUUUCACCAAAACCAUCUCAGUCUGAGUCUAUUCCUCCUAAAAUAAAUCAAACAUCAACAUCUCCAUUGUUUGAUUUUGGAGAUUUUUCUUCAUCUUCAGCAAAGCCAAACCAAAGUUCUGAUGAUAUUUUUUCUUUCGAUGAUUUUACAUCAGUCCCAGCACAAACAAAUCAACAAGAAAAUACAAAACAAGAAGAGACUAAAGUCCAACCAAUUAAUGACACCAACCAACCUAUACCACAACAACUUAACUCUACCGAACAAAAAGCAACUGAGAAUAAACAAAAAGACACCUUUGAAGAUGAAUUUUCAGAUUUUUUUGUAUCUUCUCAAUGA